AUGAGCAUCAAGGCGUCGAUGAAGGGCAACUUCAACUCAAGCUGUCUCAUUAGUUCAUCAAACUUGGCCUUGUGUGCUUCCAACAGUUGUUUCUUGAACCUUCCUGGAAAGGGUAGAGGGGGCUUGUAUGGUGGUGGUCCUGCUGGAGUGUCUUUCUUCUUUGCAACAGGUUUAGCUGGUUGGCUGGAGUUUGCUUUGUCUGCUCUCUUCUGGCUCGAUCGAGCUCUGGUUUGUCUUGCAGUGUCUCAGGUUUCUUCAGCUCGAUCGAGUUCUGGUUCAGGGUUUUGUUCCAGCUCGAUCGAGUUCGGGUCGAGUUAUCAGCAUAGUCGACUAAAUCCUCCCCUUCCUCGUCAUCGAUGUCCACAGCGAUUUGGGGUGGGCUACCUCUACUGGGAAUUGCUCCACUUCUUAGUGUAA